AUACAUAUUUUUUUUCUCCCUUAGUGCCAUCCAUUAAUGAAGCCAACUAUCAUGAAACAUUUGGGAAAAUGGCAAGAUCAGAAAGAGAUUGUUUAUCCUCGAUUGCAUGUAACUCAACACAAGCACAAGAGAUCCUUGAGUUCAAAUAGCCAUCCCAUACUAGUCCUUAGAACGCCUACAGAGACAUUUUAUAUUCAACUACAGGCAAACAAUCACUUGUUGCAGUCAAAUGCAACUGUCCCAUCUGGUCACGAUUCAACGGAUACGUGUCAUUAUUACGGACGAUUGCUGUCACACGUCGAAGGAACUGCUGCUCUCUCCAUAUGUGGACCAAAGAAUAAAAUG